AUGGCGUACGGAGCUCUAGGCCGGAUAGGAUCUUGUUGCAGGCAAAUGGGAAACUUAGGAGAUGCAGAGAAGCAGUUUCGCAAAAGUAUCGACUGGCUUAAAAAACAUGGACAAGAUGAAGCACAAAUAUCAGCUGCGCUAAAUAACCUUGCUUUCACAUAUGAAGACUGGUUAAAAUACGAUAAAGCGAUAAAGACGUACAAAGAGUCACUCAAGUUCAGAAGGCAAUGUGAUGACGGGAAUCUAGUGGAAAUGUCUGCGACUCUCAUGAAUCUCGGUUACUGCUGUAGAAUUACAGGAAAACUUAAGAAAAGUUUGAAGUUAAUGGAGGAGGCAGUUAAAUUCAGCCGAGAAUGCUACUCGUCUUCUCAUCCCUUAUUAGCACGUGACAUAUGUCACCUUUCCACUACGUACGAUAUACUUGACAGAAAGGCUGAAGCUCUGGAUAGGGCAAAUGAAGCGUUUGAUAUUGCAAAAGCAUCAUUGCCGUCAUCAUAUUCUCAAUUGACCGAGUGUGAGUACAGCAUUCUAUUGCUAAAAUGUAUAAUUGCGUUAUACAGAGAUACAGGCAGAUAG